GGUAGAUUUUUUCCUUGACCGUCGUAGGCGUCCAGCAGUACUAGCGGAUUAUUAUUUUGCGCUAAAUUGAAAUGACAGAAGAUUUUGGAGGAGAUACUCCAUCUAUGUACACAAAUGAAGAAACAAAAACUGCUGGACAACCUCUUUCAGAUUUUUUGCUACAACUUGAAGAUUAUACACCAACGGUACCAGAUGCUAUAAGUGAACAUUAUUUACAUACAGCAGGUUUUAAUACAACAGAUCCCAGAAUAGUAAGAUUGGUUUCAUUAGCUGCACAAAAAUUUAUAUCUGAAAUCGCAAAUGAUGCUUUACAACAUUGCAAAACACGUGGAGCCAAUCAAAAUACAAAAACAAAAGGAAAAGAUCGACGUUAUACUCUUACCAUGGAAGAUUUGACUCCUGCAGUCGCAGAAUAUGGCAUCAUAGUCAAAAAACCACAUUAUUUUGUUUAAUUCUAUAAAUUUCAUCUAUUUUUAUUCAUGAAUAUAAUCUUUAUCUAAUGAUCUUUACAUAUAUAUAGAAUGAAUUUGUAAUAUAUAAUAUAUAUAUAAUAUAUAUAUAUU